UUUCUUUCUAAUGCUCUCUCCUAUUCUCCAUUGCAUAUUCUUUCUCUCCAGCUAUCUCUGUCUGGCUUUCUCACUUGCUUCCUUAUUUAUGUUCUUUCUCUCUCAAUUAUGCCCUCUUUCUCCAUUCCUCUCUUACUCUUUCUUACAUAUAUACUCUUUCUCACUCUAAUGCCCCCCUCCUCUCCUCUCCUCUCUCUCUCUCUCUCUCUCUCUCUCUCUCCAUGUCUCUGUCGCUAAGGCAACCAAUGCUUUUUCUCACUCUGACACACUCUGGCUCUUUCUCACUCCCUCCAUCAGCAGCGAGCGGUAAGCAUGUGGACUGAUGGCUGUCUAUACACUGGUGAUCUGCAUGCAUUUGUGUUUAUGUGUUGAGUGUGUGUGUAUGGAUGUGUGUAUGGAUGUGCAUGCGUGUUUUACUGUUUCACAUGUAGGUGUGUAAAAGAUGUCAUCGGCUCUGAAUUCAGUUGUUGAGUUAUUGCCUGAGUCAGGAACUGGAUUAAAGCAGUGGGAUGUGUCUACAGCAGCAGCGUCGUUCCCCCCUACAGCCAUCUGUUUACGAUCUUUCAGUAAGUGUCAGGAGCCAAGCGCUCCCCCUCUCAUCGUCUCCCUCUUUCAAGAGAUGAUUGGAGGAGAAAAAUAACAGUGAAAAGAGAAGCGAUGGAGCGAUGCUCCAUCUCUGGACUCACUGCUCUCUUGUGUCUCCUGCUGGUUGCUGUCCUUGUUUGCCCUCCUUCUUGCCACGGGGGCGACGAGCUUGCCGACAUGCAGCUGUCCGCCACAGCCCAGGCCACGCCCACUCCACUCUGGGCAGUCGACUGGGGUCCCACACAACCGCUGGAGGAUGAAACACAUCACUUCCUGUCCAGUCAGGAAGCCGAGGGUGUGAAGCAGGCCACACCUGAGGUGUGGCCGCGUCGCAGGAACACCCAGUCCAACCAAACCCAACAUCAGCCACUGCCCAUCGAAGCCAAGGACUCGGGACAGGAGCCAGAACAGGAUGCAGAGGAGAGAGAGAUUGAAGAAGUGGAUCCUCAGUUUUACGUGACUGUAACUAUCUCAUCUCUCCUGAUUCUCUCAGCCCUCAUCAUUUCGGCCAAACUCUGUUAUGACCGCAGCCUCUCCCAGCGCCCUCCUCCUCUCUCCCUCGCCAUCCCUUGUUCCCUGGCCCAAGAGGAUAGCAGGCACACACUUCAGAGCACCCCCUCGUUCCCUGACAGAGAAAGACUUCCUGUGGUCAAUCUUUGAAGAGCUGACUGUUCCAUGCUUUGCUAAUCACAUCCUCUGGGCAUGGAAUGUGAGAAAAAAAAGUGGGUAAAUAUGAGAACAAACACAGAACAUGUGAAACUGCUCGAAGAUGGAUACAUGAAAGAGAAUAUGUGUGGAUGGAUAAGGCUCUGAGGAUUGGGGCUGUAUAUAUAUAUGGGUAUGUUUUCUGAACAGAUGUACAGACAUGAAACCGAGGCCGUGCAUUCUUUCAAGCCGGAGAUUCAGGCUCACUUCUUCAUUCAUUUUUAAGAGUAUUUUGGGGGUUUGAGUGUGGGGAAGUGUUUGGGUUUUAAGACUUGGGGUGAGGAUUGGUUGGGGUACAGUUUGAGGUGGAAAGGGU